AUGUCUGUAUUUGGCUAUCCCGGUGGUGCAGCUCUUCCUAUCUUCGAUAGAAUCUUUAAGACCAAUCUCUUUAGCUUCAUUCUUUCCCACCAUGAACAAGGAGCCGGCCACAUGGCAGAGGGCUAUGCCUGCGCUAGCUCAAAGCCAGGGAUUGUUCUGGUAACCUCAGGACCAGGAAGUUCCAACCUAGUCAUACCCAUGCUCAAUGCUCUUCUGGAUGGCACGCCGAUGGUUGGAACUGGUGCCUUCCAAGAGAUUGAUGUCAUGUCAGUCGCUAAGACUUGUACAAAGUGGUGUGAUCCAGUGGAGAAUAUAAACGACUUACCAAAGAUUGUUAAUGACGCAUUUUACAACGCGACAUCUGGGCGUCCCGGGCCUGUUCUGAUUUCUGUGCCGAAAGAUAUUGGGCAAGCUGUUUUUGAAACAGCAGCAGCAGAUCUCCUCAGUAUCUUUCCAACGAUGGCCGAGCCCGAGAAACCUUUUCAAAGUUGGUCGGUAUGUGUUGAUAUUGGCAUCUACAAGAGUAUUGACAAAAUUGCGCAACUUGUUAAUUACUCUCAACGCCCUAUCAUUUGUGCUGGUCGUGGAGUCCUCGCACAUAAAGUUAGCUCAAAAAUCUUGUUGAAAAUCGCAGAAAAGAGCAGAAUCCCUGUCACAGCCACACUGUUGCGAAUGGGAUGCUUUGACGAGACUCAUGAUCUGGCCUUGAAUAUGAUAGGUACUUAUGGAGCGCCAUAUGCAAACUACGCCAUUCAGAAUGCAGAUUUGGUUCUCGUAUUUGGGGCUCGUCUUGACGAGAGAGCCGUAGGCAAUCGACUCGAAUAUGCUCCCAAAGUCAAAGAAGCUGCUUUAACCGGAAGGGGAGGCAUUUUCCAAUUUAAUUUGAAUCCUGACAUCGUGGGAAGAGUCAUUAAACCAACCCAACUCGUCGUUGGAGAUUUGUCCGAAACCUUGCCACAUCUACUCCAUGGUUUGAAUAAGGAGGGAAAUCGUACACCAUGGCUGGAUCAGAUCCAACAAUGGAAAAAGCAACAUGCAUUCCGGGUCCCUUCUCGAUGUAUGCAAAGCCGUACCUCGCCUCAACAAACUAUCGCAGAGCUAGAUCGACAAACAUCCUCGCUGAAGCAUCGCAUCACCAUGACGACAGGAGUAGGACAACUUCAGAUGUGGGCAGCACAGCGCUAUAGGUUCCGAUCCCCACGGCCACUCAUCACGUCUGGUGCUCUAGGUACGAUGGGAUUCGGACUCCCUGCAGCGAUCGGAGCACAAAUCGCGCGACCGGAUCACAUUGUGAUUGACAUAGACGGCGAUGCCUCAUUCUGCAUGACCAUGGAGGAGCUGCUUACAGCCUCACAAUACGAUCUCCCCAUCAAGUUAAUUAUAUUCAACAAUGACGGUCAAGGAAUGAUUUCGCAGCUUCAAAAGGCCGAUUACAGGAAUCGAAUCUGUUAUAAUCGUCAGUCUAACCCGGACUUUGUGAAUCUGGCUCAGAGCAUGGGAUGUGAUAGUCGGAGAUGCGAAUAUGCCGGAGAGUUGUCGAGCUCGAUCCAGUGGCUGCUUGAAUGCAAGAGACCGGCGUUGUUUGAUGUCUUGAUGAGUGAGACGGAAAUGCUUCCUAUUGUGCCAAAUGGGAAAGCCUUAGACUUGAUCACGUUGGAGUAA